UAUAUAUUAUAAUCGUACAGAAUGAAUGACGAAGACGAGGAAGAGGAAAACACCUUUGGUGUUGUACGCUACCCGUGCAUGCCUUCCUUGGUCGCGUUACAGCAGAUGAGAAACCGACUACAUCUUGCUUUCCUCGGCCGGAAGCUGAUGAAAUGGACUGCUCUGGCCACUGGCAGGGAACUAAGGCACCUCGCCUCCAAGUUAUAUGAGGUAUACGAAGGUUUCGGCGAGGAUAUGAGAAACGCUUUCAUCCUUCUCGCAAGAAGUCGAUACUUCUACCCGCAGCUGAACAACAUUGUGACAGAGGAUAUUCCUAGAACGGCGGCUGUGGUGGUCCAGCAAUACACAAAACAAGUUUCAAGUGUCAAAAUAGUGCAGUUCGAAAUAAUUGAGACAGAAUACCCACCCUACGAGCAUUUGGGGAUAGAGAGAGGCGGUCAGACUAUACAGGAGACUAAGAAAGCUUGGUUGGACUUGCUCAAAAGAAUCAUCAUGAUGAUGCAGUUACGAGCCAGCUUCCUGACGGUGGAGAUCGCCAACAAGAACGCUACAAAAAAAGUGAACGUGCUUGCAAAAAUCGUCAUCCCAAGGCUGAACGUCACCUCACACUACAUCCUCUCUGAACUAGAAGAGAAGGAGAGGGAAGAGGUGUUCCGUCUGAAAAGGGUGAAACAGAAGAAGGACUCUGAGAAGAAAUUGGACGAAAUGCAGAGGAGAGCUGAAACAGUUCCCAAAGCCAUAUCUGCAGAAUUAGUGAUACUAAAGAGUGAAAAUGAACCUGCGCCGCGGAAAAAGCCUGAACCGAACAUUAGAAAUAGCCAACAAUAAAUAUAUACCAAACGUGAGCUUAAAAUUUAGUAUAGGGAGGAUUGUUUUAAUAAAACCGAAUUUUACA